UGACGACCAUGCAGAUGCGCAUAUCGUAUGUACCGUACAGUAGAAACGGGAAGGAGAUCUCAUCAACAGAAAAAAUAAAUGAAGACAUGUGGAUUUUUGAAGUCGAGUCGAGCUGCACACUCGUGUCACCGAUACUCGCGCCCAUUCCGGUGGAAUAGGCGCUCCCCAGCUCAACGCCAGCCUUCAGCUCAAUACACAACGUCGGAAAAAAUGGUAGAAAUCUACCACCCAGCAGCGCUGCCGGUUGACCAAGCCAGCUUGUUUGCCGUACGGCUGUACGACAGUAAAACCAGCCACGCUGGCUUCUUGUACGAUGGAUUAUACAGGGGUAGGUGACGUGGCUGGAAAAUACUGCGCACCAAAAACGCCGGGCAUCCCCCACACCAUCAGAUAUAUGCUCGAUUUCACUGAUUGCC